CUGAGAACCCGAAAGUUUUUUGUUGUUGUUUUCUUAUUUUGAUAUUUGUAUGCUGAUGUAUUUGCAGAGACAGAAGUGAUAUAUAUAUUUUUUUCUUCCUUGUCUGCACUGUUUUGAAACCGAGUACUUUUGGUUGGCAAAGGACGGAGGAAAAAAAGCUCAUCAACAUUUCGGGGCGGCGAUUGGCCUUCUUUUUAAAAGACAAUUGAGUGCAUCACGAUGGAGAAAAUGUCCCGACAGCUCCCCCUGAACCCCACCUUUAUCCCGCCUCCCUACGGCGUGCUCAGGUCCCUGCUGGAGAACCCGCUGAAGCUCCCCCUUCAUCCUGAAGAUGCAUUUAGCAAAGAUAAAGACAAAGGAAAGAAACUGGAUGAUGAGAGCAACAGCCCGACCGUCCCCCAGUCGGCCUUCUUGGGACCCACCUUAUGGGACAAAACCCUUCCCUAUGACGGAGAUACUUUCCAGUUGGAAUACAUGGACCUGGAGGAAUUUCUGUCAGAAAAUGGCAUCCCCCCCAGUCCAUCGCAGCACGACCACAGCCCUCACCCUCCGGGUUUGCAACCUGCUUCUUCCACCGCUCCUUCGGUCAUGGAUCUCAGCAGCCGGGCCACUGCUCCCCUCCACCCUGGCAUCCCGUCUCCGAAUUGUAUGCAGAGCCCCAUCAGACCAGGCCAGCUGUUGCCAGCAAACCGCAAUACACCGAGUCCCAUUGACCCUGACACCAUCCAGGUCCCAGUCGGGUAUGAACCAGACCCAGCAGACCUUGCCCUCUCCAGCAUCCCGGGGCAGGAAAUGUUUGACCCUCGCAAACGGAAGUUCUCUGAGGAAGAACUGAAGCCACAGCCCAUGAUUAAGAAAGCUCGCAAAGUCUUCAUUCCCGAUGAUUUGAAGCAGGAUGACAAGUACUGGGCGAGGCGCAGAAAGAACAAUAUGGCGGCCAAGCGCUCCCGUGAUGCCCGGCGGCUGAAGGAGAACCAGAUCGCAAUCCGGGCCUCAUUCCUGGAGAAGGAGAACUCGGCCCUCCGCCAGGAGGUGGCUGAUUUAAGGAAGGAGCUGGGCAAAUGCAAGAACAUACUUGCCAAGUACGAGGCCAGGCACGGGCCCCUGUAGGAUGGCAUUUUUGUGGGCUGGCUUUUGAAUAGAUGGACAGCUUGUUUCCUGUAUGGUAGCACCACACCCAAACCAACCUUUCUGACAUCAGCACUUUACCAGAGGCAUAGACGCAACUGACUCAUAUUUUGGUGUGCAUCUGUUGCGUAUGUAUGUUUGUAUGUGUGUGUAUGUGUGUGUAUGUGCUUAUGGUCCCAUGUAUGAUCAGCGGUGUGCAUGUGUGAGUGUGUGUAUGUGUAUUCCUUCACAGUUGUCAUGUAAAGAUAGCCCUUUUGUUGUCUUUUAGUUCCAAACAAGAAAGGUGCCACGUUUUUAUUAGACCCUGGAGGCCCCUGUGGGGUUUCCUCUCCUUCCUUCCUGCUCCUUUCUGCCUUGCUCUGUGUUCCUGUGAUCUUACUUUGCCAGGGUCUACGUGGCUUCAGGAAGCAGGGCCCUGGAUCUCAGUCAUCAAGACCAUAAGCUCUUGUUUCUGUUUCAACCAUGAAUUACCAUGCUAAAAGGUGCAUAGCAUACCCUAGCACUACGCUGCAGCUGAAUUCCUUCAUAGGUUGCCACUCCCUUCCCUUUUUCCUCCCUACCCUUUCUCAUUGUCUUCAAAUUUAAAGUGCUGUUUAGAUUUAAUAGAUUCCCGUAUUUACUUACUGCUACCUACUAAGUUUCCUUUUAAUUCUACCAACCCCAGAUAAGUAAGUACCAUUAUAGAACACAGAGUGUGUUUUGCACUGUCUGUACCUAAAGCAAUAAUCCUAGUGUACGCUAGAGCAUGCUGCCUGAGUAUUAACUAGUGGACGUAGGAAAUUUCUCCCUACCUAGGAAUUUCACUGUCUUAUAAAAAUCAAAAAUAAAGUAAUGCAUUUGCGCAUGACCAGAAUAUUCUCAGGACAGGGAAGCAGAGGGCAAUGGAAGGCCUAAGAAUGAGGGGUUAAUUUAUCAGUAUGUAAGCCAAAAAAAAAAAAUACUGCAUCUUGGAGAAGCCUUUGCCAUGGGUGUGCUUCGUUUUGCUGUCUCCCCUUCCCACACCCAGCCCUUUUCCACUUUUCUAGUUCACUUUUUCCAUUUCUCUCCUGAUAUUCAAAACAAUUGACUUAAGAUUCAGUUCGCCCACUUUUUUUUUGUAAUAUAUAUUUUUGGGAUGAUAUUUUGCUGUUUUUAGAAAUCAGUUAAUUAAGUUGAUGUUUUGUAAAGCCCCCCCCGACCCCCUGUGGUGUCCUUUUUGAAUGCCUCACAGAUGAAUGGUUCUGGAGCCCAUGUUUCUUACCCUCUGUUUGCUUUGGAACAUAUGUGCGCCUAUCAAGUGGACUUCUGAAAAAAAAAUGAAUGUAAAAGACACUGGUGUAUCUCAGAAUGGGAUGGUGUUGUCACAAACUGUGGUUUAUCCAAUCAAUUUAAAUGUUUACUAUAGACCAAAAGGAGAGAUUAUUAAAUUGUUUAAUGUUUAUACAGAGUAAUUAUAGGAAGUUCUUUUUUUGUACAGUAUUUUUCAGAUAUAAAUACUGACAAUGUAUUUUGGAAGACAUAUAUUAUAUAUAGAAAAGAGAAAAAAAGGAAAACUAUUCCAUGUUUUAAAAUUAUAUAGCAAAGAUAUAUAUUCACCAAUGCUGUUCAGAGGAGUGCUUGGGGUUUUUUGAAGUCUUUAAUAUUUUAAACCUAUUACUGACACAUCAGCAUGUUUUCUGCUUAAAAUUAAAGUUUUAUGACAAUACUGAGGCUUGCUGUGACGAAUCCUGCUCCAAUGCUUUCUUGUUUCUUAUUAGGUCUCAGAAGGAAGUCAGUUAACAUCACCCAAAAGCACAAAAUGGGUUUUAGUCAAAUAUUUAUUGGAUGAUACAGUGUUUUUUAGGAAAAGCAUCUGCCACAUAAAUGUUCACUUCAGAAUUCUGAGUUGAGGGAAUGGAGUGUUGUUGCCAGAGCCCCAGAUGAUUUUGUUCUCUCUCGGCCGGUUUCAUCUCAUGCAGUGGAAGGUUGACCUCAGUGCUAUGUGUAUGGCUUAUAGUUGACUUUAAAGAUGGCUCUAAUUUUGUUUUACUGAGUUGUAUAAUGUCAAGAGAGUCUGCUGUUUUUUCAAAGGCACAUUUUGUGCUCAAUUAAAAUCCCCUUUCAUCCAAGGAUGUUUUCCGGUCUCCUGCCUCCACAGUAUCUGAGUUCUCUCUACGGAUCCAGUGAUACCCUCCUCAUCCCUCCCUCAGCCACUCCUCUGUCUGUGUCAUAGUUCUGGAGACCUGUAGGGUUUCUUCCCAGGUACCUGUUUUGUUCCAAGCCAUAGAUCACGGUGGGAGAUGAGAGAGUGGGAGAAUUAAAAUACUUUUUCCAAGUAAACUACUGAUAAAAAAAAUUGCUUCAAUAAUUUUGCAUAGAACUGCAGAAGAGAUAAUUCAUUAAUAGCCAUGGGACAACAAAGAGUUGGUCUUUUUGAAGAUAGGUAAAGAGGGUGAUUGCAGAACUGUUCAGUGACAGUAUUCACCAGAGCAAAGAUGAAUAUAUUUAAACUUAAGUAGAGAAGUAUUCAGGUGUCGCACUGUGACACACCCAAAUUCAUGGAACCAUCCAGUAGUCACUGAAGAAAAGCAUACCUGGCCUUUCUUGGAAUUGUUUUUACCAAAAGAACAUCACAAAUGUUUUCUGCAGAAGACAUAAAAAGACCAUAAUAAAACUUAUUCUUUUGUAUACAAGGAAAGGUUUUAGAAAACCUACCUCAUUCAAAACAAAACAAAACAAAACGAAAAAACUCAACACUUUGGAAUCUCCACAGGUGCCUUAUCUGUAGGUAAUUAUCACACACACACACCCACUCCCAGGCUAACUUCUCUUUGCCCACGAACAGUAACUAGAUGAGGAAAUGCCAUUCAAUGUCCUGAGAAGCUAGGACCCAGGGUCAGAUGACUGCAGCAGACCACAGCCAUUAGGAAGUCCCAUUGUCAACUGUCACCGUUUCAAUGUAGGAAUCUUUCCAUGGUUAAUUAUUUGCUCAUUCAAAAUGCAUCCGAGCUGUUGCAUGCCCCGUCAUUCGGCCAUAAUUUGAAUAGAGCUGCAUAGUACUUCCUGAUCAGGUCACAUAGUUUCAUUAUUCAAGCAUAUUCUCAAAGAAAGUUAAGAAAGAAAGAAAGAAAAAGAAAGAAAGAAAAAGAAAGAAAGAAAGAAAGAAAGAAAGAAAGAAAGAAAGAAAGGAAGAAAUCAGAGUUUCUCUCUGCUGAGGUUCCCCUGAGGGGAUGGGAGGGCUAUGUACGACAGUUUCCAACUCUAGAGGGAUUAGUGCUUUGGGUCAUUCACAAACCACAUCAGGCAUGGCUGGGCCAGGCCUUUGUCUCUAAAUAGAACAGGCCUUGAAGGAACCAUCCUUUGAAGAAGAAGGGCCCUAUGUUUGAGAAAAGCAUGAUGGGACUCAGUCACCAGGUGAGUGGGAAGCCAAAUAAAAGAACCCAGAGGUUCCUUCUAACCCAUUAGCUUACUGUGGCAAUUUACAUUAAGUCUAAACAUACCUUUGAAAGGGCUACAGCCUCAUGCCUGGAUGAGCUGGGGCGAGUUGUAAGUGGCAACAUCUCUCCUACCCAAGGAUGAAACAACUGGCGUUGUGUAAAAUACAAAUUAUACUUUGCUCUUUCUAAAAGUUCGUCUAUUUUUGCCCUUAGUGUUCCUUUAGAAAAAGUCAAACUUUUGUCAGAGUUAAAUAGUGAGAUCCUCAGAUAGUGUGUGACCACUCUGUGUGUGGCUCGUCUUCACCGGCCAGGAUUGGUUUCCUGCAGCUGACUGAGCUGAGGUGUGAUGCCCUCCCUGUGGUAGAUACCUUCUUCUCUGGCUCUGACUGUACUUGGUUCCUGCUGGAGGCUCCUGAGUAUAUCCCUCUGGGGAAGCCAAAUUCAACUCCAGGUGUUUGGUAAAAUCAGUAUCAAUAAUAAAUGAACAAAACUUGUAGGUCUUGAUGGACUGAAAUUUUAGUAACUACAGUUGAUGCAUUUUUUCCCAAAAUAUGUGUUUGUAUGGAUGUUCAAGUGGAGGUAUAAAAUCUGUAAUUUUUUUAGCACCUCACCAGACAUAACAAUUAGGUAUUAUCCUUUUGACAACACCAUGAGAAUUGCAUCUGUUAAACAGGUUCAAGUUAACGGGAGGUUAGUGUAAUUGUAUACCAUGAUAUUGGUGGUAUUUAUGCUGUCAAGUCCAAAACUUCAUUUGUUCUUCUAAAUGUUUAAUAAACUGAAUUUUUUUCCUUUU